AUGGCCACUAAUGAGUUGAAGCUUUUGGGUGGUUGGUACAGUCCAUUUGCAGUGAGGGUACAAAUUGCUCUUAGCAUCAAGGGUUUGGAUUAUGAGAAUAAUGUAGAAAACAUAAACUCCAAAAGUGACUUGCUUCUUCAGUCCAAUCCUGUAUACAAGAAAAUCCCAGUUCUCAUUCAUGGAGAUAAACCCAUUUCUGAAUCUGCAAACAUAGUUGAAUAUAUUGAUGAAGUUUGGAAAGAUAAUGGUGUUCCCUCUAUUCUUCCUUCAAAUGCUUUUGAUAAAGCCAUUGCUAGAUUUUGGGUUGCCUACAUAGAUGACAAGUUCUACAACUCCAUGCGUAAUGGUUUAUUCGCCAAAGAUGAAGAGUCAAAGAAGGCAUAUUUCGAGCAACUAGAAGUAGUUCUAGCGACAUUAGAAGAUGUGAUCAACAAAUGCAGUAAAGGAAACCACUUUUUUGGAGGAGAUAACAUCGGAUUUAUUGAUAUUGCUUUGGGAUGCUAUUUGAGUUGGAUGAGGGUAAAAGAGAAAGUAACAGGAAAGAUGUUUGAUGAAGCCAAGACUCCUGCAUUGGUGAAAUGGGCUGAGGCAUUUGCUGCUCAUCCUGCUGUGAAGGGAAUUCUACCAGAAACUGAUAAACUCUUGGAGUAUGCCAAAGCUUUGUUACAAAAGUAA